UGACAGGCACAGCCACAGUUGUGGCUUGCCAGCAGUCUUAAAAUGAGGUUUCUGCCCAAACUGGAACGUAAAUUUCGACAUUGGAGAAAGCUGAAAAAGUCGCCACUACUGCGUAAAUUGGAUGAGUUUUGUGAGAGUGUUCGUAAGCAGGGUUUUGAACAAACCUCUAAAGAGUCUGUUCACAGCUUGAAAAGUGACGAGAAGAAGGAAAAGGAACUUUGCUAUAAAAGACGCGAACAAUUCCUGUACAAUGGCAGCUUUCAUGAGGCAGUCGGCAACGUUUUACUUAUAGCCCAAUGUUUUGCCAUGAUGCCGGUGAGGGGUGUCACAGCCAAACAUCCCAGUAGCAUGAGCUUCGCGUGGCGCAAUUUGCGCACCUGCUGCUGCCUCCUGUUUGUUGCGUCCAUGCUGGUUAAUCUGGGCUUGACCAUCUAUAAAGUGUUGGUUGGUUCGAUUACAAUCAAUAAUAUUCGGCCCCUGAUCUUCAAGAGUAGCAUCGUAGUUGUGUGUCUUACUGCUCUCAACUUGGCACGGAAAUGGCCAGAGCUGAUGAUGGACUGGCAUAGAACCGAAGUGGAUCUGCCGCAAUAUCAGACGCAGCCGGAAAAGCGACGCAUGGCGCACUCCAUCAAAAUGGUCAUGUUUGUGGGCAUGAUGUUGUCCUUUGCGGAACAUUUGCUGAGCAUUAUUUCGGCCAUCAGUUAUGCGUCGUUUUGCAAUCGAACCGAUGAUCCCAUCCGCAAUUUUUUUCUGUUAACCAACGAUGAGAUUUUCUUUGUGCUGGAUUACUCUUUGCCGCUGGCAUUGUGGGGUAAAUUGCAAAAUGUCUACUCAACUUUUAUAUGGAACUAUAUGGAUAUAUUUGUGAUGAUUGUAAGCAUCGGUUUGGCAUCCAAAUUUCGUCAGCUCAACGACAAUUUGCUCCAGUUCAAGGGCAUGCACAUGGCUCGUUCGUACUGGUCGGAGCGGCGUACACAAUAUCGUAAUAUUUGCACAUUAUGCGAAAAAAUGGACGAUGCCAUAUCGUUGAUAACUAUGAUCUCCUUCUCCAACAAUCUGUAUUUUAUAUGUGUGCAGCUACUGCGCAGUCUCAACUCGAUGCCUUCGAAAGCGGAUGCUGUCUACUUUUACUUCUCGCUUAUAUUUCUGAUUGGACGCACACUGGCCGUGUCCUUGUAUGCGGCUGGUGUACAUGAUGAGUCCCGACGAUCGUUGCGCUAUUUGCACUGUGUGCCCAAGGAUUCGUGGUGUCCGGAGGCAAAGCGCUUUGCCGAGGAGAUAACCAGCGAUAUGGUUGCACUCAGUUGCAUGAAGAUAUUUCCUCUGACACGGAAAUUGGUGCUCAGUGUAGCUGGCACUAUAGUUACAUACGAGCUGGUGCUAAUACAGUUCCAUGAGGAUGAGAAUUUGUGGGAUUGCGUUAACAGCAGCUAUUCAUAA